AUGAAAGAUUUAUCAAAUACUAAAUUUGCGGUUGCUAAUAUUAGUUCUACAAUGCGUAUAAAAAUGUCUGAUGUUGAUAGAGGAAAGGGUGAUGCUCGUUCAAUUAUUGCAGUUGUUUUAAAAUUAACUGACGAUGGGUUUUAUCAACUGGGAUCCAAUGAUGGUAAGAUAAAAACUAUAUACUCUCAAUCCCAGUUCACAGUAUGUUCAGAAAAUUUGUUAGCUGUAAAAGCUGUUCCAAAUGAAAUUAUUACAUUAAGAUCUACGGCAACUGCACAGUCACUGGGAACUAGUCAGGGUUUUUUUAAGUGCACUUGUACCAAAAAAUGUGACACAAAUUGAUGUGUUUGUAGAAAAAAAGAGGUAUUGUGCAAUUCUAAAUGCCAUAAUAGCCUUACAUGUAUAAAUAAAUAA